AUGUUCUACCAACCUGGAAAAGAAGACCACGGAUUACCGUACGAUCCAUUCAAAGCAUGCGUCCUUCCCCGACCGAUAGGCUGGAUAUCGACACUCUCACCUGAUGGCCACGCAAAUCUAGCUCCCUACUCUCAAUUCAACAAUCUCACCUUCGACCCGCCAUACGUAAUGUUUAGCGCCAAUCAAACGCCUAGCAACUCACAGAAAGAUACUGUCCGCAACGUCGAAGCUACAGGAAAGUUUAUUUGGAAUCUAGCGACGUAUGAGCUAAGGGAGGAAGUAAACAGGAGUGCAGUGCAAGAAGAAUAUGGUGUUGACGAGUUUGAGAAGGCGGGUGUAGAAAAGGAGGACAGUAAGCUGAGUGGAGUUGUUGUAGUUGGCAAUAGUGGCGAGGGCAGGAAGGAAAUGAUGAUCCCAAUGGUGAUGCGCAGUCCGGUGAAGUUCGAGUGCGAGUACUACACUACGUUGCGACUUCCUGGAAACCCGCCUAUGGGGUCAGCAGACGUGGUGAUAGGGAAGGUAAUCGGUGUGCACAUCGAUGAGCGCGUGUUGACUGAUGGCAAGAUCGAUGUGAGGAAGACGGAGCCGAUUGCUCGAUGUGGGUACUAUGAAUAUGCGGUCGUGAGGGAUACUUUUGAGAUGCGCAUUCCGGGAGAGGACAAGGCAAUUUUAGCGGGGUUAGAGGGGAGUGCUAAAAAGAACGAGAUGUUGGAUAGGGAAGGGCAUGUAGACGAUGACGCGAAGCGAUGA